UUGUUGUCGUUCGGUGUUUGGGUUCACUUCAUGUAGUAGGUGCGCGGCGGCUGGCUGGGUGGAAAGGUUUGGUCGGAGGAGCCGCAGAGGGGCGACUCGAGCUUAAAGCCGGGCAGAAAAAUGGACGUUCUUAAGUCCGAGAUCCUCCGGAAGCGGCAGUUGGUGGAAGACAGGAACCUUUUGGUGGAAAAUAAAAAAUACUUCAAGCGUAGUGAACUUGCAAAAAAAGAAGAGGAAGCAUAUUUUGAAAGAUGUGGCUACAAGCCUAUAAAUGAGAAGCCGUCUGGAGAGAUACAGCCAAAAGAGGAGGACCAGAAACCAUUAACUUCAUCAAAUCCAGUAUUAGAACUUGAACUGGCAGAGGAAAAAUUACCCAUGACUCUUUCUCGGCAAGAGGUUAUCAGAAGAUUGAGAGAAAGAGGAGAACCAAUCAGACUAUUUGGAGAAACUGAUUAUGAUGCUUUUCAACGUUUAAGAAAGAUAGAGAUCCUCACACCGGAAGUUAACAAGGGGUUGAGGAAUGAUCUGAAAGCAGCUUUGGAUAAGAUCGAUCAGCAGUAUCUCAAUGAACUUGUGGGUGGCCAAGAACCUGGGGAGGAAGACACCCAGAAUGAUUUGAAAGUUCAUGAAGAAAACACCACAAUUGAGGAGUUAGAGGCCCUGGGAGAGUCUUUAGGAAAAGGUGAUGAUCAUAAAGACAUGGACAUCAUUACCAAAUUCCUUAAGUUUCUUCUUGGUGUUUGGGCUAAGGAGUUGAAUGCCAGAGAAGAUUAUGUAAAAAGGAGUGUGCAGGGUAAACUGAACAGUGCUACUCAAAAACAGACUGAGUCCUAUCUCAGACCCCUUUUCAGAAAGCUCCGGAAGAGGAAUCUUCCUGCUGAUAUUAAAGAAUCCAUAACAGAUAUUAUUAAAUUCAUGUUGCAGAGGGAAUAUGUGAAGGCUAAUGAUGCUUACCUUCAGAUGGCCAUUGGAAAUGCCCCUUGGCCCAUUGGCGUCACUAUGGUUGGUAUCCACGCCAGAACUGGUAGGGAAAAGAUUUUUUCCAAGCAUGUUGCACAUGUUUUAAAUGAUGAAACACAGCGGAAAUAUAUUCAGGGAUUAAAGAGGUUGAUGACCAUUUGCCAGAAGCACUUUCCUACAGAUCCAUCAAAAUGUGUGGAAUACAAUGCACUUUGAGAUCUGUAUGUGAUGUGUAAAUAUCAACAAGAAACUUAAGGAAGCGUGGCAUGGACUUCCGGAGUUAGCAGCGGGAAUGAGAAAAGAAGACAACAGGAGUUUCUGGUCUCUGAGUUCUGCCUAAUGCAACUUGGUUUUAAGAACUGUAUUGGCUCCCAUGUCGUAUCUGACUGCAAAGUGAUUUUUGUGUCUUGCUUUUAUUUUAAAUAGUUGAAAAUUUAAGUUCUAAAGACUUUUUCUUCAUAAUUUGAAUGUGUAGACAGCAGUCACAGGAGGUGUUUUAAAAUGACUUUUCCCUUCCAGAUCUGAAAGUUAGAAGAUUAAAAAGGAACUUUUGAGGAUGGACUUAAUUGUCUUUGUAAGAUAUAAUUUUCACACUGACUUUUAUGUAGUAUUUAUAGAAAAAAUAUUUUUAUAUUUUUCAACAAAAAUACAGAACCAUUUAAUGACCCUUAAUAGUCCUUAAAUUUAAGUUGCUGAAGUUUUGCCAUCUUGUAGUAGAUUUGAGUGUAAGUGUUACUACUGUUGAGUGUUAAGCAAGGUAGCUGCUCCCACUUUGAGCUGGUUCUGAGCCCUCAAGGGUAGAGGAUGUGGGAACCGGAGUCGGCUGAUUGGGGGGUAUAGAUUUACUUACUCUGGCCUCUCACAGGUUUUGGCCACCUGUGGGUCUGUGGCUGUGCCUGUCUGAUCAUGUCAGCUGCUUAUUUGUGCAAUGACGGCUGAGGGUCCUUCCCCCCCCUGCCCCCCCCAAACUGAAUCAGGGUUGUGUGCCUCCCCACCCCACUUUAGAAACUGUUUCUUGUUAUUAAAUUAGUUAGAAGGGAGCUUUCUUAAGAUACGACAACAAUGUAGACCUGUAUUACACAAUCUUGUAUAGAACUUGUUUAUACAUACUAGCAAGUGAAUGCUCCCCACAUCCCUUUUUUUCUAUCCACAGUCAGGCCACAGCAUGGUGGUCAGCUAAUUUCAUGUUGUCUUCCCAUUUGCUCUUAGUUAUUAUUACACACAAAGAAGAAACUGCAUCAUGUGACACUAGUACCUUCUAAAACUGAUGAGUAUGGAUAUAUGGUUUGGGGAAAAAAAGCUUGUAAUUUAUUCAGUGGUGCUGUGAAUGUUUAAUCAUUUUGGGCUCAGGUAGAGGGAGGCAGGUUGAAAGAAGUAUAUCUCAUGUAGAAAAGUUUCCCUGAAGUUAAAGCUGUUCAGGUGACUGCAUCUAUCAUGGGGACAUACUUAAAAAAUGAACUCUCAUAGUUCCCAAAUCGUGAAAAUUUUAGUUUUGCAGAUGUCUGGUUUUUAGAUAUUUCUAAAGUAAUAACGGCCCAUCUUUUAACAUCAGUCAUAGUCCUGAAAUAAGAAUAUUCUUCCUUUUCUUCCUCCCCACCACCUCCCCAGACACCUUCCAAGGAGUUGUGUCUUUCUGGAUUCAAAUUCAGUGAAACAUUGGUUUUCCCUUGGAAGUCAACACUGCAUUUCUUAGUGUUCUUGCCAACUGCAAAGACUGACCAGUAUUUGUCAGCAUUGCAGCACAGGGCUAUGGCAGUCUGGAAGUCACAGCUGUGAUUUCAGCCUCUGGGGAAAACUAGGAAAAUAAAGCUGAGGCCAAAGGUGAUUGGCACAUAGCAGGAAGAGAGAGGACGGUCCGGAUCUUGUAGGAAGAAGGGGGAGGUCUCUCGAGAGAUCAGAACGAGGCAGGCUGCUGUCAUUAAUAGCAGCCUUUGGCAUGCACCAUGUCUGUGGGCUGUCAGGAAGAAUUUGGAGGAAUAGAAGAAGAUAGGGCCCAGAGCAGUGUGACUUCGUAAUGGCAAGUUCUUCCUUCUGAUCAUCUCCUGACCCAGCCAGCACUUCAGAUUGUUGUGGGAUUUGAUGGAUAUAGUUGUCUUUUUAUUUGAAAGAAAGUUAAGUGUUUGGUCAGUUCGAAUCAGGGGGAUUCCCAUUACUGGCUCCUUUUCAGCCCACGAUAACCCCUUUUAAUGCCUCUGGACAUGGAGGGACAGUAGAACUAAGUGGGGCUGAUUGUGAACGGGGAAGUUGAGAUGGGGCUGUUGCCUUUGACUGAAUAUCUCGAAGCGCGUAACUUGGCGGAUCGUGUCUCCUUCCUCCCCCAUCCUCCACCAGGAGACACCCAUGGAGCCCCUGGAAGAAUAACUUGAUCCCAUAGAAGUUGUGGGAUGGAAUCGUGUUGGGAGUCUUGAAACAAAAGCACUUUCUCAUGGCAGGUUUAUGUAAGAGUUUCCAGCUGUUGAGAGUGUGAGGAGCCAGCUCCAGUCCCGAGAGGGUCACUGUGAGAACACUGUUAUGGCAACUGGUUCUCAUCACAGACUCUGCCUUUCAGUGGGCUGCAUUAUAACUUACACUAGUACUGGAAUGGUUAACAGUAACCUUAAAAUCUUCCGAAAUUUAAAAAUCAGUUCUGGUAGCGUGGACUAAUUCGAGGGAAUGCAGUGUGGUUAGCGGCUGCUGUGUUGUGAGCCGACCCCAUUUACGACUUUGAAACUGUCCUCAUUAAAAAGUUCUUUACAUUUACCAAAACGG